AAACCAAACCUUGCGAUCUGAGAAAACUGGGGUUGGAAGAACUUUCCUAAAUUAUCUACUCGAUCAGAAAAUUAGGGUUCCAGAGAAAGGUAGACACAAAGAAGUCAAGUGAAGAUGAACAAAGGAAAAUAUUUGGAAGAUUGUCUUCCAAAGUUCUUUAAAGUUUAUUUACCUGAUGAUUCAGGAGAUGAUCUGGAAAUACCCAUUUCUUUCACCAGAUUUUUACCAGAGCCUUUCCCUGAAACCGUAACUGUUAGAAGCAUUUCUGGGAGCUUAUGGACAUUGCAGUUUAGGAAAUGCUCUGGUGAAGUUGAGAGAUUUGUGUUGGUUGAUGGGUGGAAGAUGAUAGUUAAGGACGAAGAUCUGAAGGGUGGAGAUUUCUUGGGGUUUGAGUUCGAUGGCUCUCAGCUCUUCAACUUCUGUAUCUACGAGCGUGAGACGAUGUGUAAAAGGCUCAGACAUUGUUCAGAGCAAAGCGAGGAGCUCAUAGUGGAGUCUGAUAUUGAAGAAGGAACUCAGGAUAGUGAUGACGAUGACGUUUCAGCUCUGGAUGAUGAUUCUGAAGAUUCUGAUUAUAACUAUGUUGAAGAUUAUGAUAGUGAUGCUGCUCUUGAGGAAGAAGAUAAUGAUGGUGAUGAGACUGAUAUAUAUGUUGUUAAUGAUGCUGCUACUGAGGAAAAUGAUGUUGAUGUUGAGGCUUUUAAACUUGGUGAUCAUGCUUCUGAAGAUGAUCGCAAUCAUCUGGAUGAUCCCGAGAAUCCGUCUUUUACUUUGAGACUGAAUCCGAAAAAGAAAAGCCAACUGCUCAUACCGGCUCGAGUUAUAAACGACUAUGGUUUGCACUUUCCUGAGAGUAUCACUCUCGUCGAUCCACUUGUGAAAAAAUUUGGGACAUUGGAGAAGCUGAUCAAGAUUCAGACAAAUGGCAGUGUGUUUGUCAAGGGAUUUGGCAGUAUCAUCAGAAGAAAUAAAGUGAAGACAACGGAUAAGAUGAUAUGCGAGAUGGAGAAGACUGGUGACAACAACAUGGUUCAAACAAUGAAGAUCCACAUUAUUCGUGGAUGAUCAUACAUGUACCUAUCUUUAGUUAUCUGCGUAUUUGAGUUUGAAAGAUAAAUUAAGACUACUGUGGUGUAUUGAAUUCAUGUAAGAGACUAUUUUUUUAAUCUUAUCAGAUCUAUACUA